AUGAAGUUGUCAAGUGCUCUUUUGGCAGUUUCUGCUUACAGCAGCCCAACUCAGUUGAAUGCUGAUAAGGCGACAGAAGUAGACACGAAAGAUGCUGGCUGGAUCAGCUGCUACUACACCAACUGGUCCCAGUACCGGCCAGACUAUGGCACGUACUUUCCGGAAGACAUGGACGCCUCUCUCUGCACCCAUCUGAUCUACGCUUUUGCCGAAAUGCACAAUACAGGCAGCGAAUGGACGAUCAAGGAGUACGAAUGGAACGACGAGGCAAUGUACGCCAGAUUCAUGGCGAACAAAAAGGGCGCAAAGACGCUCCUCGCCGUCGGCGGCUGGAAUCACGGAAGCACUCGAUUCACCCAAAUGCUCGACUCUGGCGAAAGUGGAAUUCGAAAAUGGGCCCAAAACUCCAUCGCCUUCUGCAAGCGACACGGCUUCGACGGCUUCGAUGUCGAUUGGGAGUACCCAGCGAUGACGACUGUCGACGUUUCGCCUCAAGAAGACUAUUACCGGUACCAGCGAAUGAUCGAAAUUCUCAGGGAAGAAGUCGACAAGCACCCAGGCUUCUUGCUGACUGUUGCCGUCGGCAUCCCAGAAAAAAUGAUCUACCGAAUCGACGGAAAGAACCCGGCGUACGACGUCGUCCAUUUGACGCAACACGUGGACAUGGUCAAUUUGAUGGCGUACGACGUGCACGGUCAUUGGGAGGACAAGACUGGACACCAAAUGCCGGCCCACAUCAAAAGAGCCGACGACCGACUGGGCUACACCGACAGCGUCGAGUGGAUUUUGGAAAACUGGAUCGUCCAAGGCGCGAAUCCCCAGAAGUUGAGCUUGGGACUCGCCUCCUACGGUCGUGGCUUCACCCUGGAAUCCUCCGCCAAUCACGGGUACAUGGCUCCCGCCAAGCUCGACACCAACACCGGACUCUACUCUGGCGCGCCGGGCAAGUACACUCGCGAGCCGGGCUUCUUGUCUUACUACGAAAUCUGCGAGAAGAUCAACGAAGGCUGGAAGACGGUCUGGGACGAGGAGAUCUCAGCCACUUACGCUCACGGCGGCGACCAAUGGAUCGGCUUUGACAACGAAGAAAGCAUCCGAUACAAGGUGAAAUUGGCGAAACACUACCGCCUCGGUGGAAUUAUGUGGUGGACACUUGACGACGACGACUUCAAAGGAAACUACUGCGGAUCUCGAUAUCCUCUUCUUUCCGCUGGUUACGACGAGUGGUUCCACGGCGGAGCAGCGCCAACCGGCGGCCCGACCACACCUAAUUCAUCAACCACGAGGUCGACAACUACAACUAAGCAAACAACGACCUCGAACGGUGUCACGCCCGAUUGCGGUAACUCGCCUGACGGUUACUACAACCACCCGCAGUACUGCGACCACUACUUCCAGUGCUCCAACGGAAUCCUGUACGACUUCACCUGUCCUCCAGGAACUUACUGGGAGCCGAACUCGCGAAUUUGCGAGCAUUCUUUGUCGGUUGACUGCUGUGACGGACAACGACCCUGCAACGGAUUCUGA